CCCCCCUCCGGGGGGCGCGCGCUCCGGGGCUCGCGCCGAGGGCUCGCGCCCCUGCCUCGUGCCUGCGCCGCUCGUAUGUAAAUGAGGGCGCGUGACGCGGGACGCAGAUGGACAAGGGAAGAGAGAGAAUGGCCGCUGCCGCCGCUGCUGCCGCCGCCGCCGCCGCCGCUGCCGCUCAGUGCCGGAGCCCUCGGUGCGCGGCGGAGAGGAGAGGAUUCCGGCGGGAACUCGACUCUUGGCGCCACCGCCUCAUGCACUGUGUAGGUUUUGAGAGUAUUUUAGAAGGGCUUUAUGGACCACGGCUACGAAGAGACCUCAGUUUAUUUGAAGACUGUGAACCAGAAGAGCUGACUGACUGGUCUAUGGAUGAAAAAUGUUCAUUUUGUAACCUACAGAGAGAAGCAGUCAGUGAUUGUCUCCCAUCUCUUGAUUCUUCACAGUCAACGCCAACAGAGGAGCUAUCAUCUCAGGGCCAGUCCCACACUGAUAAGAUUGAAUGCCAAGCAGAAAAUUACCUAAAUGCACUCUUUCGAAAGAAAGAUCUUCCUCAGAACUGUGAUCCUAACAUUCCCUUAGUUGCUCAGGAAUUAAUGAAAAAGAUGAUACGUCAGUUUGCCAUUGAGUACAUUUCAAAAAGUGGUAAAAUUCAAGAAAAUAGAAAUGGUUCGAUUGGAGCAAGUCUCGUAUAUAAAAGUAUCCAAAUGAACCAAGCAGAGCACUGCAUUCAGGAUGAGCAGGAAGGCCCCUUAGACCUCACUGUGACUCGAACGCAAGAGCAAACCGCUCAGCAAGGGGAUGGAGUGUUAGAUCUCUCUACAAAGAAAACCAGCAUAAAAUCUGAAGAGUCGUCCAUAUGUGAUCCUUCUUCCGAAAAUGCAGUUGCUAGUUCAACUGUUGAUGCAAAAUCAGAGGAAGCUACUAAAAUGGAAAAAGGAAAAUCAGCAUUAAACAAAGUUUUGGAAUCUUUGUGCAUACAUCACCAUCAACAAGUUUUGGCUAUGUUGAAAUUUCUAGUACAAGAGCAGAAUGCUGCUUCUAUUUGCUGUUGUAACUCAUCAUGUACUAUGUCUUCAGAAUCUCAAAAACCCCUAUUCGAAGAUGAUUUUCAUGGUCUGUUCUGUAGCUGUGAAUAUAGACUGGCAGAAAGAGGGUGUUUACACAAUGAGAGACAAAACCCUGGUUUAAUGCCUCUGCCAGUCUGUAUUAAAGAAUUACAUUGUCUGUCUUGUCAAACUGUAACUGUUGAACACAUUAAGACAGUAAUGAAUAGUGGUAUUGAAAGCAGUUAUAAUGCACACAGGUGCUGUUGUGGACAGUUAGCAAAGAAUAACUCGACAAAAUCAGCCUUUCAUAGUCCUCUUUUGUCAAGGGAAGUUUGUGAUCUUUCAGACAGUCUUAAAGAUACCUGUAGAUCUCGAAGUCCCUCACCCCCACCAUUAUCACCUGUGGAGACUGGAUUUGAAAAGUGGAAAGACAUCGUCUCAGAGCUUUCAACCUUAGAAAAUAACAAACUCGAGACAAGCACUAAUCAGCCUCCAUCUCUCACACCAGCCGAGAUAAGCAUUCACAAAUGUGAUCAAGACAGCAAAAUAAAUAAAACUAAGCAGUCCGGUAACUUUGAUUCUGUGCUCUUGGAUACCAGCAGUAGUUGUACCUCAAAUUAUGAGAAGGGUGAAACAACUGUAAUUUUUCAAGAUUUAAUGGAUCGUAUUAAUGAAAAACUAAAAUCAAUAGAAACCACAGAUACAUCAAACCUCAUAAAAUUAUCUAGCACUGAUUGUGAUUCAGAUAAUGAUUUUAAAUUGGGAGAUUUAAUAACAUCUCUCUUGCACAGUGCAACAGCCAGUGAUUAUAGUUUUAUGGAAUUACUGAGUCAACAUGAUAAGAAGGUAGAAAAUAAAAUUAUUCAAACAAGAUUUCGAAAGCGUCAACAGACCUUAUUUGCCAUGCACAACUCUCCUGAUUCACCUGUGAUCAGAAGGCAGUCUUUACAGAUAAAAAGGGAACUUGCCAGUCUUGAUGAAAACUUUCUGAGGAAAAGAUACAAUGAAAAAAAUCCAAGAAAAUUGUCAUGCAAUGAUAAGAUGCUUUCACUGAACAAAGAAUUCCAGCCUUGUCAAGAACCUUUAAAAAAUUCUAAGAGCUUUCAAGAUGGAAAUCAUGCAGAAACACUUUCUUCACCAAAUGAUGUAGCGCCAUCACUGCAGUUACCUCUUGAGAGCUUAGGAGCUAGCAUGGUUUUUGAUCAAUUUUCAGAAAACAUUAGAGCAGCUUCAUCUGAGAAAAUGAGCCAAAGAAAAUCACCAGAGAAAUGUACAGCUGAAAAACUGACUGUACAAAAUAACAGUGAAAAUACAAAACUAGAAAAUACUCAAACACUUUUGAGAACUGAUGCUCCUUGUCUUUUAAGCAGAACUAAACGAAAUAUUGUGCCUCCUGGGUGGUAUUCUAUAUAUGUAACAAACAAUUCUGUUUCCAAAAAAUUCCCCGAGGGCAAAAGAGUAUCAGACUCUGCUCACAGCAAAGAUUCAACCGAAAGUCUCCAAAAUAGAGACUUAAACAAAAUUGCAAUGAAUUCUAAUUUGCAAGUUGUUGUGGAGCGUUUGGAAGACACAAUAAAUAUGGCUCAGAGGUCUUGGACUAAUCAAGCACAAUCUGAAGGAUUUAAAGCCUCCAAGAAAUUGAUAGGAACAGAUGGUGAAGACCAAAAUGGGGUAGAUUUGACCUGUACUUUAAGUAGGAUGGCUUGCAAAAGUCAGGGUUUAUCAAAAUCUGUAAUACCAUCUAGCAAUAAAAGAAGUUAUGAUAUGCCUGUAAAGAAUCUGAACAAGAGACCUCAUAAUCCAAAAAUAGCACCCAUUUUAGAGAGAGGUGGCUUGACAUCCAGUGUUGAAAGUGUGCCAACAAAAUGUGAAGGAAUUGAAAGUUCUGUUUCUAACUAUUCUAGUCCUAUUAAACUCAUGUUUUUAUCUGAGAUUAAAAGCACUGAAGGAAUCAAAUAUACCUUAACUUCAGUCAGCACAUCACAAUCAAAUGCUGAGUUUUCUUCUCACAAACAUAAAACCCAUCAAGUAAGUGGAAGAAAAAGAGAAGCAAAGGAAGACAUACCAUGCAUUAACUUUGAAGAUUACAGUUCUAAUCAUGAUAUUAACUGCCUUCAAAGCAAAUUAAACAAAUUUAACUGUGUACAAGAGGCCACACCAUCAUCUGCAGAGUUUACUGACAGUUUAAACAGUAAUAAGCCACAAGAAGACCCUGAGGAAAAGUCAAGUGGUGGUGUUGACUUACCAUAUAAAAGAAAGCCAGGGAGGCCUAAAAAAAUUGGCCCCCAAGUUGUGAAACAGACUAAACGACCAAUUGGAAGACCACCCAAACCUAAAGCUGAUCAAACAGAUGUCAGUAUUGGCCAAAAUGAGUCUUUUAAUGCUGGAAAGAAAAAUCUAGAAUGUCUAUCAGAAGUGAAAGAAGGUAUUUAUAGAAAGAGUAUUACUGUCACUGUUGUUUAUGGAAGGUCAAGAAGAACUAAGAGAUGUGUUUCUGAAGGAAGCGUGAACAUCAGCAACAUCUCAUUGAACAGUGAUGUCUCUGACUUUGCAGUUAACUCUAGUCGCCUCAGAAAUGCUAAAAAAUAUGAGACUGACUGUGGUGAAGGUCUAAGUGCUGUGUCAACAUUGACAACUGAAAGUAGGGUUUUUUAUUCUGACUUUGAAUAUGUUAGACCCAUCAAGACCAAGUCUGUGAUCCCUCAGGCUUCCAAGAAUAUUAUUCGACCAAAUCAAAAGCCUUUGUCAAUUGUUAGGAAGCCGGGGAGACCUGCAAAAGUGAAAAUCUCUGGUAUAUCCGUGACUAUUAGUAGAAUUUCACCUCACGAAAGAGAAGUAUGCCUUAGCAGCUGCUUACCUCCUUUAGAACAGGAGACUAUGUUAGAGAAAACUUGCCGAGAAGAAAAGCUUGACCAACAGUGUAGUAAGUUAGAUAAGGUCAGACCCACUGAUGCUGACAUAUUUAAGAAUGAAUCAAAUAGUGCUGUUGUUUCUAUACCUCCAAAACAUUCAAUCAGGGCCAGAAAACCUUUCCAUUUCUUACAUUCACUUGCGUCUUCUGGCUCACUUACUUACAAAAGUGCUUUGCGUCAUAAAUCAUGUAAGCUCCAUUUGCAGAAAGGCAAAAGUCCAAAGAAGAAAUACAGGCAGUCAAGUUUUAAACUAGCUUCCAAAGGAUUCCCAGGAUAUAGACGUUCAAGGAAAGCAGAAAAAUGUUUGGAAGAUAAAAAAUUAAUGCCCAUUUCUGAAGUAUCCUUGGACCCUGUUAUUUCUUCUAGCCCUUUACUCAGGUGGUGGGCUACUUCUACUUCAAAUGAUUCAUUGUUAGAGGAACUGAAUAAUAGAUUUGAACAAAUAACAAAUGCAUGGGUGCAGGUGAGUAGAGAUGAAGCUCAAAAUCCCGUUCAUAGAGCAGGCCCCACUGAAAGCGAUGGUUUUAAAGCAGCAAGCCCUCUGGAAACCUGUCUUGUAGAACUUGAAGUCUCACCUGUAAAAAUGCUUUUUCAGAAAAAGUAUAAUUUGAAUGAACUUUGUACCUGGUUUAUGCAAACAACAGAAACACAGUCCCUUUCUUUAGUUAGAAAAGCAAAUGCUCGAAACCCUUUGGAAGUGAUAAGCACCAAGGGCAUUAAAUUAGGGGUGAAAUGCUGUGGGUUUAAUGCCAGCCCCUUCAGGAAGCACUUUAAAAAAUUUGCUGUCUCCUCUCCUUCAAAGUCAGUAGGGAAAUUCCAUAUACUACAUAAAAUGGUUGGCUCACCACUCUUAAAUGUGAGAAGAAAUUUAACACUAGCUAGGUUGAAAAGGACUGAGUUUAAGAGUUUGCAUUGUGAAAGGUGGAGAAAAGAGGAAAAGCCUCACAGCCACAGAACAACUGAUUGGAACUCAAAAAGCAGGAACUUAAAAUUUUUCUGCCAGAAUCAGUUUUUGACUAAGACAGAGAGGGAGACAAAUGCAGUGACAUCACUCAGUGGGAAAAGUACAGUGGGUAGCCAGUGGGCCUUGCCACUAGAAACCAGAGUCAACUUUCCUCAAGAGAGGGUGGCAGUUAACGAUAUCACCACAACUGAUAGUUUGGAGAGUCAAGUGAAGUCAGAAACAAAGGAGAAUGGAACAGGGUGUGGCCAGACUCGUUCUGAAAAGGGACAAAGACUGGAAAAUGUGUUUUCCAAUAAUUGGAAGUCAAAAACUUUAAAAGACUGUAGAAUAUUUUUGAGGAAGAUCAACUGUCUUGAACACAGAAAUACUUUUAAGCUAAAUACAAUUAUUUAUUCUCCUGAAUCUGUUGACAGUGAGAUCCAGAUGCAAGGAGAAGAAUCAAAGCGUUUUAAUUUAAGGUCCCAUUCAGCAAGGCAAAAUUCCUUUAAAACACAUAAUAAAGAAAGAGGAAAUGUCAAAGCAACUAGUCCUGCAAGUGAUAGAUUGACCGAUGAACUUUACAGUAGUCAGUUAAGUAAGCUGGUUAAUUUUGAAAAGAAUGCUGGUCAUUCUGAGGCUCUUAGCAAAUUAAACAAAAGAAAAAGACCACCAUGGAAGACCACAGAAAUGCCACCUAAAAGACAUAAACGACAGUCUUGCAACAAUGGACAAAAGACCAAUUGUUGUACAAAAUCCCAAGUAGGUAAGUUUUUCUCUCCUUAAUCUUAAAGUUCCAUUGUAGGUGCCUUAAGUAAAACAUAAGCUAGUGGAUAGAAAAGGAAGAGCUACUUGGAUUCUAAUUUAUUUCUAAAAUAUUCAAACAAUCUCAUUUCUUGGCACCUGGUAUGAAACCCUUGAAAUUAGGUGCCGCUAGAUGUGGUGCACUUGGCCACUCGGUAUCAAACAAACAAAUACAUUAGAAGAGCCAUGAAGAGCUUCCUGAAAAUACCCAUGAGUAUAUUUGAUAGAUGACCGUGACAACUAACUAAAACUUCACUACCGCAGGCUAAUACAUGCUUUUCCUUCUCAAAACUAACUAUGACAAUAUGCAGAAAACUGCUAAGACUCAUUUAAAGACUGUGACACUAAUCCUAGGGUGUAAAUCUUCCUUAUUAAACUGCUACUCCAUUUGAUAUUGCUUUGAAAACCUGCUGCAAGACUGCUUAUUUAAAAACCAGUAACUAUAAGAUUUUCAGUGAUCAACAAGUAUGUUAAGUGGACUUCUGUGUUUCAGACAUUGAGCUCACAUGUAUAGAUAUAAAGAGGAGAAUUCCUUUGUAGCUGAGCAAGUCACUGUUAAGGUCAUGUCAAAUUUAGAAUGCAAACAAAUUAAAUUGUAGUAAGGUACCUUACAUGGGUAUCCCAGGGAGAUUAUUACCCGUUUAUAAUGUAAAUGAAGUGAAAGCAUGAACAUAGUAGUUGCCCACAUAGCCAUUUCCAUCUCUUUAUCUAGUAGGUGCUGGGCAGUGCAGGAUACUAGAGAUGGGAGACUUUAUAGAUUACUCCUCACCAAGAGAGAAAGCCAAGUUACAUUUAGAAAGAAGAAUAUUUUACGGUUUGUGUUCAUUUUUACAUUUUAUAGUUUAGAGAAAUCUUUGAGGGCUGAGGGAAGUACCAGAGUCGAUAGCAUCAGGUCUCAUUCAAACAUUCAACACGCCAAGCAGUGGUCGUGAACGCCUUUAAUUCUAGCACUCCAAGAUGUAGAGGCAGUGAGUCUCUGUGAGUUAAGGCCAGCCUGGUCUACAGGAUGAGUUCCAGGACAGCCAAAGCUACAGAGAGAAACCCUCUCUCGGGGGGGGAAGGGGGGGAGUUAAAUGCAGCAAGUAAGUUGAAAAGUUUUAAAUAUGCUAAUGGUUUUGUGUGUACCCCCAAUUCAACUAGGUAAAUAAUUUUAACAUACAAAAUUUAGUACUAUAUAACAUAUAAUGAUUAAAAUUUUAAAUAUCAUGAAAUGACAACAUGCUUAAAGGAGGUCGAAGUAGAAUCUCCAUUAUGAAAGGUAAAUAAAAACUAGAAAGAAUAACUUGCUUGUGAUCCUCAAGAAGGCUAAAAAUAACAUUAUAACAAAUGCCAUGUCUGAAAAAUACCUAAUAGAGAAUUUUUAAGCUUAUAACUUACCUAAAAUAUGAAUACAAGUUUCACAAAGAAUAAAAUAUAGUUUCAUCUUCUGUUUCAUCUUCAUCUCAUGUUGUUACAGGUUUUCAAAAGUAAUUUGCAUUAAUUCAUUUUACAACAGAACCAUAUUUUAUCCUUGCAGCUUCUCACCCAUUGUAUUUCCUAACAAUUAAACACAAUCUUACUUUAAUAUUAUUCUUUACCCUGCCAAAUAUAAGAUUACCCUAAAACAGGAAGAUGGAGAAUAUUUAAAUAUUACUUUUGCAAAUUAAUUUAAAAAGUCUUUUUUGGGUAUUUAAAAAUUAGCAUCAUGUGAAGAGUUGUCUUUCAUCUUUUCCAUUUUAAAAUUUGCUAGUAUUGUUUCCUGUUCUGCUUAAAAUUUUAUUCAUCUUUACUGAUAACUUUCCUUCUUUAUUUUAACAUCCUUUUUAAUCAACAAGAUCAUUAUUUUUAUAAAAUUGUAUUUAUAACAAUAUUUGUUAUGUUUAUGUGAUUUUUAAAUGUUUCUUGCAGUGUUGUGUUCUUUUCUCAUUAUUCUUGGCAGUCCAUACUCAUUUUUGCCUUUCUGGAAGUAACACUAAAGCUCAUCAUUAGUUUUAUGUGUUUUCUUUUGCAUAGAAUAAUUAAUGACCGGAGACUUGAAGAACUGUUAACCACAGGAGUUAGAAAAAUUCUUGGGCAGUGUAUGUUAUGAUUUUUGAAAUAUUUCUAUUGGUGAAAAAGAUUUGUCUCUAUCAUGAAUGUUUUGCCUUUGUACAUAUUAACUAUCCAGAUGUGUUUAAUACUAAAGAUCUCACUGCAUUUUCUUUGCUCUGUAUUAAAUGUAGACAUGGGAAGAAAGGCAAGUGCAGUUUUAUCCUAUUUUAUUUCUCCUAUUUUGGGAAUGGCUACAAUAUGUUCUUAGUCAGUGUGGAAAGUUCAGGAAGUUCCGUUUCAUCUAAGUGAGAAAAGAUGCACACGUUUAUAUAAAUAAAAUUAUUUUAUGUUGUGAGCAGGAAACAGUGAUUAAUGCCAUGGGUCUUGCUCUUAGAAAACUAAGGUUUUUCUCAUAGAACUAAAUAUGUAUUGAAAACUGAGUGAUGUAACCAGGAAAAAGUGACCUGAUGGAACAUGAAGAAGGGAAAUGGAACUCAGAUGCAUCCAACACUGCUGCAUAAGUAGUGAGACUUGAAAGAGCCUCAAAUACUAGAAACUGAUAAGUGGUGGGCAGAGUCUAAGCAGAACAAAUUACACGCAGAAAAUUUAGUCAAUAAAGUUGGGUCAUUUGGAACAGUGACUUAUUAGUCAGAGCUAAUAGGGAAUAUGCAUCGGUCAGGCUGAAGGUAUAAAAUCACAAAAGGCAGAAUCACUGGGGAAAGCAUUGUUUAAAUGGUGAGGUCAACAUCAUUUAAUAGGAAAAAAUGUUCUAAGCCCUAAGUAGAAGAUAAAUUUUACAGAAGUCUAUGAGAUAAAUCAGUGCCUUAGUAAAAUAGAGGAAUAAAAAGAAACAACAGAAUUGAGCAUCUAACUACACUUUGAGUGCUCGGUUUUAGCUUUAGGGGUUUAGAUGUAGUUAGUGGGGUUUCUAAAAGAGAUGUUAAACAAGGUAGAUAAUGUGAGUCCUGUGCAGACAUGAGGGCUGAAUUGAGACAGACUGGCAAAUCAGCAAGUCACUGGAGUAGGAGAGAUUGAUUCCUCAGGGCAAGACUGCAGGGUCCUAGUAUCCCAGAGUCACCCCAGGGUGCAGGAAACAUGUGCGCAUGAAAUGACGCUGUUGAAAGUAGUCAAGAGAAAAGGAUAGAGACGGAAGGAAAAUGUUUUAAUAGAGGAGUGUAAGUUGUGCUUAAGUCAGUUGUGAUGAGUGCUGAGAUGGUCCAGUGAUUGCAGAAAGGGGCUAUCCUCCUGGAGGAGGAAACACAUGUAUGGAGUAAUAGACACAAAAGCCAGCUUCAGUGCCAGGUGCUAAGUGCUUAAGGAGAAAGUGAAUAUAGAAAACCAAGAAGCUGUGAGGAGACAGGAGAUAGAAUGGUGGGUAGCAACAUUUGAAAUGUUUAAAAGCCAGCUAAGAAACAAAAGGUCUAAAAUGAGAGGGUAGCCCUGGGAUUGAUAAUUGAGUAUAAGACCAGAAGUUCCUAUUUCUCUUAAAGUGGGAAACAAUAGGUGGGGAUAAAAGUCAGUACCUCAUGGGCAGAAUCUUGAGAUAAUAGAGUUUGUUAUAUUUAAGACUCAAGGUAAUCUGAGGCUAGGGGAUGGUUUAGUAAAGUAUCUCCUAUGGAAGCAUGAGGACAUGAAUUUGAAUCCCCAGAAUCUAUACAAAAUCCGGGUACAGAAGUAUGUACAACUGUACCUGCAGCACUGAGAAGGCAGAGAAGAGUGGAUGACAGUCAUCCACUGGGCCCCUUUCAGGAUAGCCAAAUCAUGAGUUCAGUUUCAGCCAGAAAACCUGCCUCAAAAAAUAAGGUGACAAACUAUUAGAGGAAGGAUCCCAUUAUUGACCUGUACUCUCACAUGCAUGCACACAAGCAUGUACACACAUUCACAGUUGUUAUAUACUAAUAGUUUGGUUGGAUUAGGAAACAUGAGGUUUGAAUAGCUGUCUCUAGAUAUAUAGAUUUAAAUAGUGGUGUAUUCUUAUCUCAGCUGCCAGGGUGUGCUUUGGUUCAUCAUGUGUGUAAAGCAAAAGGCUAAAGGAAUGAGUCUGCUAUGACCAGCAUCCUCUGAAUAAAGAUCAUAUGAUCAAACUGAGUUAUGAAUAAUCUCUUCUAAUAGUAGCACAAAACGUGGGAGUUGGAGAAGAAAAGGAGCGUUUGAUUAGAUGUAGUUUACAUAUGUAUAUGUAAUGCUAGAACUUGAACCCAGGGCCAAGUACAUGACAGAAAGACACUGCCACUGAACUACAUCCCCAGCCCUAAAAUGGGGUGUGUGAAGGGCCAGGUGCUUAGGACUUUUAGGUAAUAUUGGCCUAAAUGGAUUGUGUUGCCAACAAAUGGUAAUACAGACCUUUGCUGAUGUUCAUGUGUCUCAAGUUCAGAGCAAACAAACAUGUCUGUCCCUAAUUGCUAACUGCCUGGGUAAACACACACUGACUUUGGACAUAUGUGACUUAAGACUACCAACCUACUAAGGACUUGUAAGUAUUGUAGACUCAUUUGAAUCAUCCUAAAAUGUUAUAUUUUCUACAAGUACUCAAGGAUUUGGAUUCCUACAUAACUUAAAAUAUUAAAAAUAUCAGCUUCUCCUA